CUCUUAGUCUCGCACCUUUUCCAGUACAUAUUUGGAGACACAAAUUGUAUCAUUUUGUCUGGUAUCUAUUCUCCGAGUCGGAGACUUGUUGUCCAUAUUUUUUGACGCAGUAAUAUGGACAAUCACAAGAAAUCUCAGACGGAAAGGGGCGAUGGAGAUGUCGAGAUCAUUUCAAAGACACACGUCCGCAUUCCGGAGAGCGGUGCUCCGAUUGAGGCGCGAACAUCCUUGUCGACGCGAUCGCGACGCUCCGUGGCCUUUGCAGAUGUGCACGAUGGCCGACGUAGUCAGAGUGUUCCGCGUUUAAUUGGCGAACAGACCCAGGGACAGCGCAUCCAGCAAAGCAACGCGACUCGAUGCGAUGCAGAUUCCAUCGCCAACGUGCCCGGCCCGUCGGAGAUGCCCCGCGCGGAGGUAGUAAGCGGCAUCCUAAAUCGCCGCCGGUCCCGCUCCGUGGGCGGUGGUUUGGAUGUUCAUCAUGAUUUCGUGUCCAAGCGGAUGGGGUACGCCACCAAAUGUAUGCUCUGCCGCAUUCCGGUCCGUUUCGGGCGCGUAGGACUGGUGUGUUCCGAUUGCCGGAUGGUGGUGCAUGACGCCUGCCAGGCCCUUAUCACGACACCGUGUGCCCCGGAGCGAGAUCGACCGAAUGCCGAUCCGUCCAACGGCACAUCCGUGCGCUGGCUGGAUUUAAUUCGAGUUGCACAAGCCGAAACUCCACGCGUCCCCACUUUGUUUGUGCAGUUGGUGCGCUUCAUAGAGCGACAUCUCAACGAAGAAGGUUUAUAUCGAGUUCCCGGAUCAGUCAAACAAGUUAAAAAGCUCAGACGGAGUCUGUUGAAGAAUAAUAAUGAAUUUCGGAAGGAUGACCUGUACGAUGUCCAUGUGGCGUGUAGUUUGCUGAAGAAUCUCAUUAGUGGAUUAAAGGAGCCCUUACUUACAUACCAGUUAUGGUCGGAGCUCACAUCAGCGAACAUGGACGAAUUUUAUCGCCUGAUCAACAAGUUACCACCGGUCAACCGCGAGACAUUGGCGUAUCUGAUGCUGCAUUUCAGAAAGAUCACCCUGGCGCCGAAUGUGCGCAUGCCGGCGACUAAUUUGGUGAAUGCGAUCGCUCCUACCAUCGUAAGCAACUCACGUCCGCGAAAGCAGAUGACGCCGCAGAUGCUGACCGCCGAGACCUUCCGUGCGCAGAUCAUUAUGAGCAAGCUGUUGGAUAUCCCCGUUCGUUUCUGGGAAGACAUGAUCCGCGGUGGACCGACCGGAUCAGGAACCUCGAAUGGACAAAUAAUCGGUGCCGGUUCCGACAACUUUGUCCCAAAGAAACUCGACGAUAUAGUCGAGCCGGUUCCGGUAAUCCCUGAAGGGAUCAUAAUCGUGAACGGAUAUCACGAUGUGGAAAUCGUUGAUCCAGGAGUGCCCGCUCAUGUUGUCGGAGGAAUCGGUAAUGAAAACCAAGGAAACGCCCAGGGAGGAGGAGAAGGAGGAGGAGGAGGAGGAGGAGAGGACGAAGAGCAUGAUCAGGAAAUGGAUGUGGAAAAUUAUCCACAAUUCAUUGCAGCGUUUGUCUUUGAGGGUCAGCGUUAA